GGCGAUCUCUCGCGCGGAGCGGAGCGCGGAGCGGAGGUUGGCUGAAUUCUCUCACGGAGCGGAGUGUAUUUUCGUUUAUCGAGUAGACACGGCCGACACGGUGCAUACACGUUUCUCCUUGGUCGCAGCGCCCUGGAUUACCACCGAACGUCCAACGGGUGAUGAAAAGCUCGCGCCGCAGUUAAAAAGGCCGCGUCAAGCUCCACGUGAGUGACUCGCCCGCGCAAGGUGCACGUUCACCCCGCUGUACUUUAGGGGGGAAAAAAAAUACAGUUCCUCGCCAGAAAUACGAGAUCAUGGCGGUGCCCAACAGCGGUGUAGUUAUGCCCCGAAACUUUCGACUUCUAGAGGAGCUGGAACAGGGCCAGAAAGGUGUGGGUGAUGGCACGAUCAGUUGGGGCCUGGAAAACGAUGAUGACAUGACCCUCACGCAUUGGACUGGUAUGAUAAUUGGACCACCUAGGACACCAUAUGAAAAUAGGAUGUAUAGUUUGAAAAUUGAUUGUGGUCAAAGAUAUCCAGAUGAUGCCCCUAAUGUAAGAUUUUUAAGCAGAAUCAAUAUGAAUUGUAUUAACAGUGCCACUGGAGCUGUGGAUAAUCGCAGCGUUCCAGUCCUUUCAAAAUGGCAACGAGAGUACACAAUUAAAACAGUUCUUCAGGAACUCCGUCGUUUGAUGACGUUGAAGGAAAAUAUGAAACUUUCUCAGCCUCCGGAAGGCAGCACUUUUUAGCCUAACCGUAUGAACAGAGAUAUCUUCCUUUUUGCAAUAGCAUGAGGCGAGAUUUAAUAAAGGUACCAAAUAAUAUUAAAAGGGUGCCCGCUGAAAAUAUAUGUUAAAAAAGAAAUAAAAAAAAACAUGAAAAAAAUAGCUUUGUGAAAGAAAGGAGGUAAUAGCUUGGAAAGUUGAAUGAGUGUAUCGAGUUCAUGUAUAGAUUAGAUAGAAAAAAAUGACAAAAACGCAUUUGUCAAGCACAGCUGGUUCUUUGUCGGAAUUUUUCACUAAAAGUAGUAUUUUCCUGGAAUCCCGAUUUCAUUGCAUAUAAUUACAUCAUAUUCGCGCACGAGAUAAUCCCAUACGGAUGCGAAUUGAUUUAAGAAAACUUUGCUCCAGCUUUUCAAGCUAGUACAAUGUAAAGCGGAAAAAAUCCAUAUUUUGAAUCUUAAAAAACUGGAGACACAGUCUAUGUAAUAAAAAUGAAUAAUCAGUAAGAAUAACUUAUGCCUUUAAAGUUUUUUAAUGAGAGAAGAAGAGUAACGUCUGGUAUUGCCCUUAUAAGAUUUCUCUUCUGUUUGCGCGCAAGUGCCAUUUCAUCUCUUGCAGAGGUGUCUCUCUCUCACUCAAUGGUGCGGUAGAAAAUUGUGAAUUUUGGACCAUCGUAAAUCUGUAUGUCUAUUUUACUUUUCCGUGCUGCAUAUACUGUUUAAACUAGCGAUUUACAAAUAACGUACAUGUCUGAGAAAUUAUGUCCUUAAAAAACGGCCUCUCUCUCUUUCACGCUAACGAAUUGCGUUUCGUAAUUGAUGAGGAGACGUCGCUUUGUAAUCGAAGCAUGCAUAAAUUUGAUUUGUAAUAUCUCGUAUAUAGCGAACAAUAUAUACAAUGCUGCAUGGUAAAGUACAUCAAUGUAUGAAGCAUCGUGUGAAUGAUGAGAUCUUUUAGUCGAUAUCAUAUUUAGAUAUAUUGAAAGUAUACUACUUACCAAUGUGUAUUUGAUUGUUAAAAUGCAACAGGAUUAUAAAGUAUGCAGAUAAAUAAUGCUUACUGUUUGACCCAAAGCUUCAUGAUUGAUGUAUUAUGUGAAUAUUAAUUUUGUUAUAAUUCUCCGAAUCAUAUCUAAUUCCUAACAUUACUUUGUAAAGUACAGGAGUUGUAUUAUAACAAAAUCAUCAUUUAUUUUAAUCUUUAGUGCAAUCACAACUAUAAAUUCAUGGAUAUUGUUGCUGAAAAUCGAAUUAUAUGCAGUCUAUUAAUGAUUGAUGAUGUUUAAGUAAAUAUGUUCCAGGAAGAAAAUAAUUGUUAUUACAAUGUCAUCUCAAGAUUUAUAUUAUUCAAUUAAUCGAAAGGAUGUUUUAUAUCUAAAGUUUCACCAAAGUAGAUUUUGAAAUAUCUCCACGUUUAAUUGUAUAAAUAUUUUCUAAUUACCCGAACGAAAAUUAUACAUACCUUUUUAUCCGCUUUGCAUUUCAGUAUUACACUAUCGAUAAUAUAAUAGUGUAAUUUAUAAAUCAUCCUAUUAAAUAAUAACAAGUUAUAGCUCCAUAUGGACGAAAACAAGCUUAAGGAGAAUAAAGUGAUUUCCUUAGAAA